AGUUUAUAUAUUUCAUAUUGAAAAUAUACAAGAAUAAUAAAAAAAUUAAUUUUUUCAAUUCCUUCCCGACUUAAUCUCUUUAGGAUUAAAUCUCUUGAUUAAAUCUACGACGAUAUGAAGGAACUGUUCCCAUUAAAAUUCACUUUUGUAUCGAAUUUACGUUUGUGUAUUACAUUUGUUAAUGUACAUCGUGUAGUUUUUUUCUAAUAAUUUUUUCUUUAUAAUUUCGAUUAAUCUUCUCGUUUCUGCUUUUUUCUUUUUCACUAUCUAAUCGGCCAAUUGCACGAUAAAUUCACACAACUAAAGAAAACUGCAUCGCGCAAUUCAUCACUACGUCGCGUGUACCGUUAUCAACGCACGGCUCUGAAAAAUUGCUCUGAAAACAUCAUCCUAGAACAUGUAAUAGUGACUUAGAAUUGUUUUCUUCGACUUUAUCUAUUAAUAACGCACUUGGCUUAAAAAUGAGAUCCAUUAACAAUCGCACACGUAUAAAGGAACGUUUUAAUAGCAUGGAAUGGGUAUCAUUCUGUAAAAAAAAAUCGAAUUAUAAGAUUAUCAUCAUAUCGUCACAACGGACGUGUAAUCGCAAUCAAAAUGCCUACUGGAAUUACGUUUCUUUUGCGAUAAACGAUAAAAGAGAGGAAACAGCACAGAUUCAACCAUUGGAACGUACAUAUAAGUACGAUGACCCGAAAGCAUGAAUGACCAAAUGGAAGGAUGAUUUUCUCGUUGCGAAAUUGGAGAUUCGUCUUAGAGUGUAGGUGGUGCGUGCUUUAGUGCAGCUUGCUAAGCAUCUUGCGUUAUUACCAGCACAAGCUUGUACUAUGUACAUACAUGUCGACAUACUCUUCGUGAAAUAAUCUAUUUUCGUCGUCAUCCUCGUCACUGUCACCGUCACCGUUGUCGUUGUCGUCAUCGUCGUUACUAGCGAAACUUGUGAAAAUUUAUAGUAAUUUUGAUCCUAAUAGUGAAUACUAAAGAGAAUUUCAUGUUUCGUUAUUUCGUCGGAAUGUUGAAUAAAAAUUUGAUCGCAGACAUUAUACAUUUCUCAUUAUAUACUGUAAGAUAAAUCUGUUCAAAUUAAAAUAUUCAAAAGAUACUUUUUUUUUUUGGAAAGUAAGUUAAUAUAUCCAUAAGUAACAAAAGCGUUUCAACGUUUUCAUUUAAAUGUUCUAAAUGAUAUAAGGGUAGAAAUGCAAUUAACCCGUAACAGACAUUUUUAAAGGGAAUCAAAGUUCGCAUAAUCGCAUAUCAUCAGAUAUUCCUUGAUAUAACUUUAUUUCGCGAGCUUCCGAAAAAUAGUUGGAGAGAUGCGAUCGUUCGAUGUUAAGAACACGGAUAAUUAUCGGUAAAAGCGGUGAAAGGUUCAACUAGUCGGUCUUCGACCGAGACGGAUCUCUUGCAACAAAUGCAUUCGUUACGAUUACCUCAUUGCGUUCUCUCGUGACGCUUUGUCCUGACCACGCACCACACGUUAAACACGAUUUAAAGCAUUUCUAAACUAUGUGUUAUUGCGACUUAGGCGAGCGUCAACUUUCGCGUAACAGACGAGUUUGUAAAACUGUCUUGUCUGGAAGUACGGAACUCGACAUUUUUUUCAGUGAAAGAAAAAAAAAGGAAAAAGACAAGGAAAAAGACAAGAAAAAAGACAAGGAAAAAGAAAAGGAAAAAGAAAGGAAAAAGAAAAGAGAAAAAAGAGGAAAAAACGAUGUAGGUCAGAUUUUUUAUACAAUGCUGAAAUAUAUAAAUAUCUAGGGAAGAUAUGAAGAUAUCUGCGGUCAGUUAACUUUGAAUAAAAUAACAUGUUUUAAAAUGAUGUAAUGCUUAGGAACGAGCGAUGACAAUUUUUGUAAAUUUUUUUUGCUUUUCGUACGAUCGUUUUAUAAAACUCGUUAAAUACAAGGUUCAAUGUUUGACGAGAAUCAUUAUGACGGAAGUUAUCAAACGUUUCAUCCGACAAAACCGGUAUUCUUCGUAUAAUCGCAUGUUUCUUAUUAUUAUUCCGUUUCGCUUCGUCGUAAAUUUUUGUAGUUUUAUGAUUUCUUUAAGCGUCGAAAUCCAUGAGAAAGGUUUAGUAAGUACUUGUAUCGUCGAAGAGGGAUAAAUGCGAAAACAAAAUGGUCGCCGCUUCAGGCCCCGCUUAUCGACACGUACGGAACCAAUUCCAUGAGUGAAACCGGUUUGGAACUAGUUUUCUUCGGUUUUUCGGCCCUUCCCCUCGCAAGAUCCUGUCGCAUACGACUCGAGCACGAGUCGCAUUCGUGUACGGAAUCUCUCUCGGACGUGUGCAAAGUUUCACGGAGGUCACACGGAGGUAUAACCUUAGAAAUGGCAGACGACGAGAAAGAACAGAGAGGUCCGAACGUCGAUGGAAAUCAAAUGGAAAUCAAAAUAGAGCCUACGAUGCAAUGUUACGUCGAGGAGGAACAUGAAAAUAGUUUCUCUAGUUUCGAAGCUAACGGCGCGAUACCCUCUACCGCGGACGUUGGUGCUUUGAAUCUAUGGACUAGCAAGGCUACCACCUGUCUCAUCGGUCAAUAUAAGAAAUAUCGAUCGAUGGUCGGACAAUCGACCCAGAUCAGAAGUUUACGAGAGAUGUUUGAAAUGAUAUCUCUUGAGAUGCAAAAUUAUGGCUUUUAUUUUAGUCCUCAAAAGUGUGAGAACAAGUGGCGUGUUUUAGAACGUAAGUACAAAAAUUUAGUCUUCCGGGAACGAUUGAAAAAGCCUGGAAGAAUGAGACAUUAUGGUCAUUGGGAACAUAAGAGAGCCCUCGAUGAAAUAUUCAAUGAGAAAGAGAGACAUGUAUAUUUCGAAGAAAACGAUUUUCCGUCGCCGACGAGAUCAGUUAAAUACUCUCGGAUGAUUCUACCAAAAACAACGUCGGAACAACCCACGAGCUCAUCCAAUUCUAAUAACAAUCAAAAUAAUGAUCCAUUGGCUACGUUAAUAUCGAACGCAAUACCGGAAAAACAAAGGGAAGAAUCAGACUACAAGGUUACUUUGACGACGCUAUUUGAAAGGUUCUUGGACGAAAUGGGAAAGAACUUUGCGUUGGCUGAACGAAACAAGGAGAAACGACAUAAGGAGGAAAUGGCAAUGCGUCAGAACGAGUUGGAAGUAAAAAGAAGAUUGUUGAAAUUGAAAGAACAAAAGAUAGAAUUACAAAAGUGUCAAAUGAUCGCUGCUGCACAACAUUUUCAUCUUAACAAACAGUAAUCCUGUAUAUCGAAUUUUAUGUUCCAUUUCGUCGUUUUUUUCUUUUUGCUAACUUUUUUCCAAGUAUUCUCUCCAAGUCAUUUUUUAUUUUUUUUAUAAAAAGAUCGGAUUAUAUGAUUGGCCGGAAACUUCAAUAUUUGCUUGUUGGUAAAAAAUGGUAAGUAGUAGAAUGCAAUAAUCGAAGAGAGAGAGAGAGAGAGAGAGAGAGAGAGAGAGCGAGCGAAAGAUCUUAAUAUAGGGCGAUUAUAUUUCAAAUAAAAUGAAUGCACAAUAAAAUAUUUGCUAUUACGAAGAUAAUCAUUCUAAUUCUUACGAGGAAGUUAAUAAGACGAUGAAUACAGAUGCAUUGCUAAAAAAUGUGUGAAAAGAGAUAACGUAAAGAAGUUGCCAAGGUAAUAUUGAAAAAUAACUGAUAAAAAAAUGAGAUAAAACGAUUGAGUUGCACUUUGAUUCAGAUAAGGUCAAAAGAGUAAUGUAGGAUUUUAUACAUUUCAACAUCGUAUUCCGCUUUACAAAAUUUAUAUUGUCUAUUAAAUCUUCAGACAUAUUAAUCCAUAAAUUAUAUUUUGAUGCUUAUGAUUAACAUUCAAAGAUCAUGAAAAUGAGAAUGAAGCUUGAGGAGAAUAAACACAACUUUUCAAGAUGGUGCUCGGGAAGGUUUAAUGUUAUAUUCAGUCGAUAAUGAAGGACUGUUCGACUAGCCUAUUCCAAGAGAUGGCGUAGAUAAUAAUGACGACAAAGUAUUGACUGAAGAUAAAUCUAAUCUGUUACGUUACCCUGGCGACGCACAGUUUAAUUCAGUGAGUCGAGG